AUGUUGAACGAACACACCAGCGCACCUUCAUCACCUCAGCAAUCACUGACAGAAUGGGUGCAGUCGCGAUUCAGCGGAUUAUAUGAACAUCCAAGUCCCGACACUUCUGACACAAACACAACUCAAUCCAGAAUUCAGUCCAUGUUCACACCUACCGCUCAAAUCUACCUGAACCACACUGGGCCAGUACCUUUGGAAGAAUUCACGAAGAAUCUUGAGCAGACUUUUGGUACGAAUAAGACGGAAGUAGAGUGGAAAGAAUGUUUUGAGGUGCCGGACAGCAACAAAGAAGAGAAAGACGAUAAUCAUGAAGUAGUGGAAGGAGAAACCGGAAUAGUAGCUGGGUACCUCAUCAUUACACGCACACUCAAGUUCAGGAUCAGAGCUACACCUGCAAAGAAUUAUACCCAUGUUUCGUUGUCUGCAAAGAUUGCGCGCGAGGGUACCAGGGUACAAGGAUCCGACAGGAGCGAAGAAAAGAGUGGUGAUUCAAGGCGAAUCGUUCAACUAUUCUAUACAUCUGCCAGUAAAGCAGCGCCGGUUCAUAUCCAAGGUGUUCAUCGUACAUAA